AUGGCCAUAGUUAAAUUCCCUAGUUCCUUUUGCACUGAAUUGAAUUCCAUUGUUGCCAGAUUCUGGUGGAAAGGCCAACAGAAGGAUAGAGGGAUACAUUGGCGGAGCUGGAGCAAACUCUCAAAACCUAAAAGGGAAGGAGGAAUGGGAUUCCGGAAUUUCAUUGAUCAGAAUACUGCACAUUUAGGGAAGCAAGCGUGGAGAAUCUUGGUGAACCCAACCUCUCUCUGGGCAACAAUCCUAAAAGUUAUCUACUUCCCAAACACUGAGUUCUCUAAAGUGGUAGUGGGCAGAAAUCCCUCUUGGGCUUGGAGGAGUAUAGUUGAGGGUAAGAAUUUUAUUCUUCACCACAGCAGGUGGGCAAUUGGCAGAGGGGACUCAAUAAGAGUCAGGGGUGAAUCUUGGAUUUGGAAUGGAGAUAUUAUUCCCCAGGCGACCCUCCCCUCAGACAUGAGAGUUAUUGAACUACUUGAUCCUGGUUCUAGUGGGUGGGAUGUGGGCAAAGUUUCUACCUUAUUCUCCCCACAAGUGGCUUUUAGAGUCCUGCAAACUCCUGUUGGUCUCACAGGUGGGAUUGAUUCGCUGGUGUGGCCUCACUCGAACGAUGGAUGUUAUUCCAUUAAAACAGGUUAUCACUUGGCGAGAUUGGAAGGAGAAUCGAGCCCCCAAGGUGUAAGAUCAAGAAUUGAUUAG